AUGGGUGUGCCGUCGUUUUACCGGUGGCUGGUGGACAAGUACCCAAAAAUAGUGGUGAAUGCAGUUGAGAAGGCGGAGGAAGACGACGGAACUCUGCCCAACCCAAAUGGCCGUGAAUUCGAUAAUCUUUAUUUUGAUAUGAAUGGGAUCAUACACCCAUGUUUUCAUCCCGAGGACGAUGACGUUCUUGCUAAACAGUUGACUUACGAGGAAGUAUUCGAAAGCAUAUUUGAGUACAUAGAUAGGAUCUUGAAGAUAGUUAGACCCAGAAAGCUUUUGUUCAUGGCCAUUGAUGGGGUUGCUCCUAGAGCAAAAAUGAAUCAGCAACGAACCAGAAGAUUCAGAAACGCCAAAGACCGUGAGAUCCUUGGGAAGGAAGAAGAAAGGUUACGAAGACAGUAUGAACUCGAAGGUAGAGAUCUUCUGCCAAUAGAGGAAUCGGAAGUUUCUGAUUCGAAUGUAAUCACUCCGGGCACUUUGUUCAUGGCCCAGUUAUCAGAACAACUCCAAACUUACAUUCGUUUGAGGAUCUCCAGCAACCCGGCGUGGAAACGGCUAAAGGUUAUCCUUUCGGAUUCAAAUGCCCCUGGUGAAGGUGAACAUAAAAUCAUGUCGUUCAUACGGCUUCAGCGUACUUGCCCAGGUUACAACCCCAAUACAAGCCACGUCCUGUAUGGUCUGGAUGCCGACCUUAUAAUGCUGGCUCUGGCCAGUCAUGAAGUUCAUUUCUCUAUUCUGCGAGAGAACGUUCUCGUGGAAGGUAAUACUAGAACCAGUAACUCAACGGAGUUGUUGUCGGCUGGAAACUCUGAAGCCAAUGUGGCGAAUUGUAGAGGGUGGUUUAAACAGUUUGAACUGAACCAAGGUUUGAAAGAUACGGCUGAACGAAUGAGCAGCCUUGAUAUUUCUUGUAAAGUUAGCAAGAGAAAGUCUUUGGUGAAGAAGAAGCCUUACCAGUUUCUUCAUGUUUGGAUACUGAGAGAAUAUCUGCACCUUGAUUUGAAGAUGAUGAAUCUGCCUGAUAAAUUUGAAGCUGAUAUUGAACGACUGAUUGAUGAUUUCAUCUUCAUCUGCUUCUUUUCUGGAAACGAUUUUCUACCUCAUAUGCCCGGCUUAGACAUUCAUGAGGGUGCGAUAGAUUUGCUGAUUCAUGUGUACAAGGAAGAGUUCAGGAAUCUCGGAGGGUAUCUGGUUGAUGUGCAAAAGGCCGAAGACAAGAAAGGUGGUUACAUCAAGCUGAAAAGAGUGGAAAAGUUCAUCCUUGCAGUCGGUGUUUAUGAAGACAAAAUUUUCACGAAAAGAUCAAAACUUCGUGAGAGUAGCCUAAGACGCAUGCUUUCAAAAAGCGAAGAUGCCAGGGGUAAAGAAGAGGACUCGUCUCCUGAUGGUGCUUCGUCAUGCAGCGUGAGAUUGCCCAACCACGAUAUUGUAGAGAACACUAAAAAGUUGAAGGAGCAACUGAAAUCUUAUGCUCGAGCGAUGUCAGAUGUAUCCCAGAAUGGUCUUGUUACAGACGUGGUGAAAUUUGGUGAUCAUGGAUGGAAGAACUGGUAUUAUAAUCACAAGUUUAAAGCUGAAACUGUAGAAGAGAUGGAAAAAAUGCGGAAAAUUUUGGUAUCAAAAUAUACCGAAGGACUGUGUUGGGUUCUUCUGUAUUACUUCUCAGGCGUUCCAUCGUGGAAAUGGUUUUUUCCGUACCAUUAUGGCCCCUUUGCUUCUGAUCUGAAAGGUCUUUCAAGUACAAAAAGGACGUUUCAGAAAGGAAAGCCGUUUAAACCAUUUGAUCAGCUGAUGGCAGUCCUCCCGCCGACGAGUGCACAUGCUCUGCCGGUUUCAUAUCAGUCGCUCAUGACUGCUGAAGAUUCAAGCAUUCUUGAUUUCUAUCCCACUGAAUUUGAUACGGACACUGAUGGGAAAAGAUAUCUUUGGCAGGGUAUCUGCAAACUUCCUUUCAUCGAGGAGGAGCGUCUUCUUGCUGCAACAAAGAAGAUCGAGAAGGAGCUCAGCGAGGAAGAAGCUAAAAGAAAUGCAGAGAAUGUUGAUAAGUUGUUCAUGCACAGUUCAGAAAAUUUAGCCUUGCAAAUUACCAACACUGCCGGUUGCAUGAAGCAAAGUAGCUCAAUCAAGAUCGAUACGGACUUGAGUGGAGACAUAAAUGGUUUUGUCCAUUUUAAGCAAGACUCCGAGGAUGCUAGCGAUUCUAAUGGAUUUGCAAACCAUCGUGAUGUUCUAUGCGUAUACUAUGAACCACCGGUCUCCUCUCUCCACAUACCGUGCGUGCUUGAAGGGACAACCAUCCCGGAAACGGUAGUAACUGAAUCGGACAUUCAGGAGAGGCAAUUGUGGCACGAUAUGCGGGGGUACCAAGGCCAGAUCAAGAGAUCAUAUAACCAUGUUCAAGCAGGAGCUAGRACAAACCCUAAUGUUGGUUUUAAAAGCUCUUCAUCUCCUGGAGUYGYUWUUAGAGGUGGCGGAAGMGGAUGGAGCCCUAGAGRUAGGGGUUACAAUSCUACAAGACCUMUAAAUCAUCAAACCGRCGKCCCUUCUUUUUCUGAUGCUUAUGGAAGAAGAGGUGCACGUGGAAAUAAUAGCAGCUACGCCCAGCGGUCAAGAUGGACUGAUGAACCUAUCAACAGUGGUUUCGAGCAAAAAAGCCGGUCAUCCUUCACUACACAAUCAACCAGAUAUCCUGCAAGGACGGUUGCCAAUAACAAUGAUCACGUCUGGUCUGUGAGGACAGGCUCUGGUUCUGGCACUAAACAGCCGGUGCAACGGUUGGGUGACCCACGAUCACAGAACAAUGACGAUAGGUGGUGA